AUGGCGGCCGCGGCCGCCGAGCCCGGUAGCGGCCGGUACCAGCAGCUGCAGAAUGAAGAGGAGCCAGGCGAGACUGCACCAGUGGUGAAUGAUGCCCCUCCGCCUUACAGCAGCAUUUCUGCGGAGAAUACAGCUUAUUUUGACUACAAGGAUGAGUCAGGAUUUCCUAAGCCUCCAUCUUACAACGUGGCCACAACACUGCCUAGUUAUGAUGAGGCAGAGAGAACCAAGGCUGAAGCCACAAUUCCCUUGGUUCCUGGAAGAGAUGAUGACUUUGUGACACGGGAUGACUUUGAUGACACCGACCAGCUGAGGAUAGGAAAUGAUGGCAUUUUCAUGCUAACUUUCUUCAUGGCAUUCCUCUUCAACUGGAUUGGAUUUUUCCUGUCUUUCUGUCUGACUACUUCAGCUGCAGGACGAUAUGGGGCCAUUUCUGGCUUUGGUCUGUCUCUUAUUAAGUGGAUCCUUAUUGUUAGGUUCUCCACCUAUUUUCCUGGUUACUUUGAUGGCCAGUAUUGGCUUUGGUGGGUCUUCCUUGUACUAGGUUUUCUGCUGUUUCUCAGAGGAUUUAUUAAUUACGCAAAGGUUAGGAAGAUGCCAGAUACUUUUUCCACUCUCCCCAGAACCAGAGUUCUCUUUAUUUACUAAAGAUGUUUUCUGGCAAACGUCUUCCUGCGUUAGUGAAUUUUCCCUCAAGAAGCAACAGGACACCUGCAGGAAGUGAAUCAAGACUCUGGAGCAGAAGAAAAAAUAAUCACCUGCUUGAAAAUAAAUAAAUAAAUAAAUAAAAGUACUGUUGGAGGAAAAAAAAAAAAGGAGAAGCAUUUCUUUCUAUUUGUUUCUAGGUGUAAAAUUUUAAUAAUUAAUGCAGAAUUCUGUAAUCAUUGAAUCAUUAGUGGCUAAUGUUUGAAAAAGCUGUUGCAGUCGAGUCCGUGACGUGCUCAUAAAGCCUUAUCUAGAUAGUUUCUGUAGUGAUUUCGGUAGCAUGAGCCCUGCCCCCGGAGCCAGCAGGGGACAGGCUUGCUUUAUUUCCUCCUCCAUCCUGGGAGCGGGUUUGGGCUCUGGUCUGUCCUGUGCAGCCUGCGUAAUGCUGACGAUGAUCUCCGAAGUUGCAGGGAUGGCUUUGCUGUGGUUACGCGCCUUUCUGCUGCUCGCACCCAACGGCACCGGGGCUCUCUGUGGCUGAAAGGAAAGAUGGGUCGAUGCGGUACAGAUUCUUGAGGUGUAGUUGGGAGAGAGCAUCCUUUUGAAGGUGGCACAAGUAUUAAUUUUUUAAUAGUCUAUAUUCUCAAUGUUGUAGUAUACUUUACUUUCAUACUACCUACUCUUUGGACGAUAUAGGGAUUUUCACGGUACACAUUGGUAGUGUAAAAAUGAAAGAUCACGUUGCAACUUUGUAUAGAAAAUUACUUUGCAAAACAAAGGCCUUUUUUUUUUUUUUUUUCUUUGGCUUGGGACUUUUGAGACAAUUCCUAACAUACCUGUAAUUCUUGCUUUUAUAAUUUGUGUUAGCAGAGACUAUGAUGCGUUAUAAAUGUAGAUUUAAUGUGCACUUUUGUGCUUUCUGCCAAGUGGUAAUUCACUUUGGAGUUUUACUAUGUUAAAACUGUAAAUAUAGCAGAACAUUAAUAAAUGUCACUUAUG